UUGCAGGCACUGUUCUUAAUUUGUGGAUUAAUUACUGGUUGUUAUUGUUGUUGCUGUUGUUGCUGCUGUUGCUAUUUCUGUUGUGGUAAAUGUAAACCAGCUCCUCCUGAGGAUAGCGGUGCAUACCAUAAUUUACAGCGGAACCAGAAUCCAGAGCCUGUAGUGACAAAUCAACCGCGAAGUUUUGGCAAGGAAGAAGAAAGCGAUGAUGAUGCUGUGACAGCUCAACCUCAAAGUGGUGCAUCACAAAAUGCAUCUAAUAUACAGCAACCAAUAUUUGCAAUGCCUGCACCGGGAUCAGCGGCACCAACAUCAACAGCUAAUGAAAGCACGAAUCUAAACAGUGGCGGCGAACGUGUGAUUUAUACCACUGGUAUUACGAGUUCUUAAAUGUAGAAAAUGCAUAUUACGAAUUUUAUCUUUUGCAUAUUGCUAUUCAUCAUCCAAUCCACGUCUUCGUCCAAAAUCAUUCAUUCUAUUUCUUCUUGCCCGCUCUUUUUUCUUUUUUUUUUUUUGUUUGUUAAUCACUAUGUUAUCACUUCUUCAUAUUGAUAACAAUUUUAAUACAUAGAGGAAAACGUUAUCAGAGACACUAAAAUAAUGUUUUAAUUAUGUCAAUGUUUCUUAUAUACUUUAGUAAUGGUUACUUAAAACUUAAAUAAUAAAUAUAGGGUCAUUUUUGAAAAGUGUAUGUAAAACACGGCGAUAAUUAUAUCUCCUUUAUAGUCCAACAAGAUAAACAGUAUAAAGCUUUGACAGUGUAAAGCCUUCUUUAUAAUUGCUUUUUUAUAUAGGGCAAAAUUAUGUGUCACGGGUUUGCCACAAAUAGAAAUUAAUAAAACUAUAUUGCAAAAAUAAUGCAUGCUUCCAUAAAUCAAACGAAAAUCUCUGUUCUUAAUAAUAGAAAGAUACUGUCAGAGUGAGAACGCGAACGUCUUGUUCCUCUGAAAAAUAGCAUUAAUUAUUUUUUGAAAGAGCUUUGUAUUUGCCGUUUAUUCUUCAUAUAGAUUCGUGUAGCAAACAAUUAGUUACAUACGAAUGUACUUUAUACUAGUUAUUUUAUCGUGAAUGUCAUAUAAUUGUACAUACUCAAAUAUAUGUGUGUGUGCAUAUAUAUAUAAAACGUAAAUAUACAUAUACAGGGAAUACGCUUAAUGAUAGCUUAUCAAAUUAUUCCCUAAGUAUAAUCUCUAAACUACAAAAUUUAUGUAUAAAGAGGAUAUAUAUAUUUUUUUCUUGUAUAUAUACGUAUUCGCUAGAAAAUAUCGACAUUAAAUUGGCUUUAAAAAAUCACUAAAA